UUCAAUGAAAAUCUUUCACAAUUCCUUAAAACAACCCUCCGAGCCCAGCGUUACCGAACUAUUUCACUACAAAUAAAAGCUUUUCUUUCGCUGCGUGCUUCGGGCGGGGCCAGAAACCCAGUGAACCGGAUGUUCAUUCAGAGACCAAAACAACCAGAGUCCGUCUUCCUGCUGAACAGUGAGCUGUGGGAGAUUCCGGUGUGAACCAUGUCGCGUGCACGACAGCCUCCUUUGGUGACUGGCAUUUCACCCAAUGAGGGCACACCCUGGACUAAAGUCACUAUCCGGGGGGAAAACCUGGGCACUGGACCCAAUGACCUUAUCGGCCUGUCUAUCUGUGGCCAUAACUGUCUGCUGACAGCUGAAUGGAUGUCUGCGAGUAAGAUUGUAUGUCGUGUUGGUCCUGCUAAAGACGACAAGGGCGAGAUCAUUGUCACGACCAGGAGUGGAGGCAAAGGCACAUCCACUGUUUCCUUCAAAGUCCUCAGGCAUGAGAAGAUAGGUAUUUUGGACCAAUCUGCUGUGUGGGUGGAUGAAAUGAAUUACUAUGACAUGCGGACUGAUCGGAACAAAGGCAUUUCCCCUCUGUCUCUGCGGCCAGCCAACCCACUGGGCAUCGACAUUGACAAGGGAAAGGUUCCUCUGAAGGAUUUGGAGAGUAUGUUCCCAGGUAUGAGUGGAGAUUUCACCAGUGAGAAUUUUUCUGCCACUUGGUACCUCAUUGAGAACCAUUCUGCUACCAGUUUUGAGCAUCUGCGUGUGGCAUCUGGCAAUCUGAAGAAGCAGGCCAGUAAGAAGAAUGAGGGCAGUCUGGCCUACGUGAAAGGAGGGCUCAGCACUUUCUUUGAAGCCCAGGAUGCUUUGGCUGCAAUUCAUCAGAAGCUUGAGUCAGAUGGCACUGAGAAGGUGGAAGGCUCUAUGACCCGACGUUUGGAGAAUAUCCUCAACAGGGCGAGCAACACAGCCGACACUUUGUUUCAGGAGGUUCUGGGCCGAAAAGAUAAAGCUGACUCCACACGUAACGCACUCAACGUCUUGCAGCGUUUCAAAUUUCUCUUCAACCUGCCCCUUAACAUCGAGCGCAACAUUCAGAAGGGAGAUUAUGAUGUGGUGAUCAAUGACUAUGAGAAAGCUAAGUCCUUGUUUGGGAACACAGAAGUUCCAGUCUUCAAAAAAGUGUAUGCAGAGGUGGAGACUCGUAUUGGUGCUUUGAGAAAUCUGUUGCUGGAUAAAUUACUGGAGACGCCAUCUACUCUGCAUGACCAGAAACGCUACAUCAGGUACUUGUCAGACCUCCAUGCUCCAGGUGACCCAGCAUGGCAGUGUAUUGUGGCACAACACAAGUGGAUAUUACAGCUGAUGCAGAACUGUAAGGAAGACUUCAUCAAAGAGCAGAGAGUAGGUGGUGGAGGGUUGGAGCUGGAUGGAGAACUUCGCUCAUCUGCUUUGAGCAGGAUCAGUCACACAGCAUCUCUAAAGAGAGGCAGCAGCUUCCAGUCACCCAGAGAUGACUCCUGGCAGUAUAAGAGCCCUCAGCAGGUGAGGUUUGUGGAGAAGCUCUCUGAUGUGGUCAUUAGCCAGCUGCCAAACUUCUGGAAGCUGUGGAUCUCCUAUGUUAAUGGAAGCCUCUUUAGUGAGACUGGAGAGAAGUCAGGCCAGGUGGAGAAGCUGAAGAAGAAUGCCAGACAGCGGCAAAAUGACUUUAAGGGCAUGAUUGAGGAGGUGACUCGGCGGUUGGUACAGUUGGUGCGCGGGGCUCUGCUGCCUACCACUCUCCCUCAGGAACAGAGGCGCCUCUACGGCGGCUGGGAUACUAAGACCAUCCACCCUGGAGCCUGGCUCACCCAGGUUAUACACACCAUCAGGCUAACUCAUGAUGCUCUCUCAGCACUAGAAAUUCCUAAUGACAUGCUGCAGGUGAUUCAGGACCUCCUUUUGGACCUUCGUAUGCAAUGCCUGCUGACCACCCUGCAGCAAACUGCUGAAGAUGUGAAGAGACUUCCUGAGAAAGAAGACUGGAUCGUAGAUAAUGAGGGAAUCACAUCACUGCCAGCACUGUUUGAACAGUGUAUGGUACAGAUGCUGCAGUCCCUUAAGGAGCCCAUGGAGUGCAAGCCUGGGGAGGCCAAUGUUUUUCAGCAGGAGCUGGCUCAAGACGAGGCUUGUAAACUGUGUGUGGGCAUUAUGAAGGCUUUCAUCAACUGUCUGGAACAGUUGAGCACUAAGACUGAUGGAGACAUUGAUACAUCCCAUUUGUCUGUGGAGAUGGGAUCACCUGAUGUCUUUGGAAGCAUCCAUGAAGACUUCAGUCCAUCACCAGAGCAGCGUCUCCUCAUCAUUCUCAGUAACUGUCAGUAUUUGGAGAGACACACCUUUCUCAAUCUUGCUGAGCACCUAGAGAAACACGGCUUCACUACAGCUGACAAAAUCACUAGGGUGAGCAGAGAGGCAGUUUGUGAGUUGGACGAGCGUCUAUUUGAGUCUUACAUUGAGAAGAAGUCUGAUCCUAUUGUAGGCUCCCUGGAGCCAGGAAUCUAUGCUGGCUACUUUGACUGGAAGGACUGCCUACCACCUACAGGUGUGCGGAGUUAUUUGAAGGAGGCUUUGGUCAGCAUCAUCUCUGUUCAUGCUGAAGUGUUCACAGUUUCCAAGGAGCUGGUUCCACGCGUUUUGUCAAGGAUCAUUGAAUCUGUGUCCGAAGAGAUGAGUCGUCUGAUGCAGUGUGUGUCAUCCUUCAGCAAGAAUGGGGCAUUACAGGCACGACUGGAGAUCUGUGCGCUAAAGGAUGCUGUAGCCACGUAUCUGACCUCAGAAAGCCUGGCCAGCUUCAAGCAAGCCCUGGAAGCUUUGCCACAGCUACAAAGUGGAGCUGACAAGAAGCUCCUGGAGGAGUUGCUGAAUAAGUUUAAAAGCAGUAUGCAAUUUCAGCUCACCUGCUUCCAACCCUCCUCUGUUCAGCCUGUCAAAAGAUAAGCCCUUAUAUAUACAGUGCCUACAUAGCAUUAAACUAGUCAAGCAUUUCUUUUUGCGCUUGUGUGUGUUCGUAUUCACUUGCAUAUGACUGAAAAUCUCAGACGAUUACUCUUUAAAGCACUGUUGUGCUGAUCUUAAAUACUACAUGAAUAUGAUUACUAGAUGCACUUUGCUAUUACUUUAUCCAGCAGAUGACCUGCUGUGUAUAUUAAAAGAAAAAAAACUUGAGCAAUGCCAUGCAUUUAUUAUUGUGGACGUUGUCUAGGUGCAUGUCUGCUGAGAGGUUAACUGUGUAUGUUAAUAGUUGUUGGAGAAAUAAAAGGAAUCAGUUCAAUCAUAUACUGAGUUAUAAAAUGUUGAAAAGGAGAGUAUUAGGUUCAACUUUAUGGGGCAGGGCAUCAACUUUUGACCAAGAAUAUUCAAUGUAUUACUGCUUAACUCAUACACUGUGCCCGCCCCCGCCCCAGACAUGAACGCACACACCCUGUCUGGUGUCAAACAGAAAGUGACACUCCCUGCCCCUCCUCAACAUACAGGAUCCUUUUGUCUAUAUUGUUUUGAAAGGACCGUUUAAAAAUGUGAAUUAAUAGUGUAGAUGUGCUAAGAAGCACCCAAGUAAUUAAGUUGUCCAGCAUUGAAUUGCAGACAGAAAUGGGUAAUGUAAAAUGUACAGUAGAAACAAAUCAUGCUGCAUGUAGAUAAACAAAAAGUGGCCACUUUUUGCUCUUGUGUCCCCCUGUGCCCUUGAGAUUUGCCCUUGCGGAAAGUCAUUCGAAAAACCAUCAACUCUGUGACGUGAACUUAAUUUGCCAGCCCAUUAUUAAAUAUUUUAGCAUUGUUAUCACAGGUUUAUGCAAAACAGCAUGAUUAAUUUAUCAUACAAGCUGAAGUGGAUGUUGUAUAAAAGUGGAUUUUCAGUUAGUGAAACCAUUUGAUUUUUAAGCUUUAUGUGAUCCCUUGUUGAAUUAUGGCACCAGAGUGGAAAUGGUGUCUGCAAGAGACCUGUAUGAACUUACAAUGUCCCUAUAAGCUUUUCUCAGUGUAACAUUACUCUUAGACCCCUAACAACUGCAUGUGUCACAAAAAGGAAAGUUGCAAAAAAAGUUUGGAAGAAGGACCCUACCUUCCCUUUUAAAACGAACUUCCUAUAAAUUUCCAUGUCUACCUUCUGUUUCCUGUGACAAAGUUUUUGCACCUUACUCAGUCACAUCUCAGUCUCCCAUACUACAGCCGUGUGUUGAAGGCGUGGUUCAAAUUCAGCAAAACAGAUGCAGACUAAAUAUUAAGAGCCUGUUCACAAUAACUACUAGUAUCUGCAUAAAUUGCCUGGUAACAACUUGGUGAUUUGAUGUCAGCCCAUUAAACCAUUCUAAUUAAAUAUUUUUUUCUCCAAACAA